CAGUUUCGUAUUCCCCAGCAGCAAUGGGGGGAAUACCUGUGUCCCACACCUUUGCCAAAACUCUGUGCUUAAACUGCUAUCUACACAGAAAAUGUGUCUGUGUGGAAUUUGCACUUAUCUGAGUGAGGUCAGACAGAUUUUCCCAUGUUUAAGAGACGUUUGCAUGAUUUACUUACAUGAACUGCCUGUUCCUAUUCAUGGCUUAUGUUUUAAAUUGGGUGGUUGAACUUUCUCUUAUUGUUUAUAGGAGCCCUUAACAUAUUAGGGUAUUUAGUCCUUUAUGAUAUAAGUUGUGAAUAUUUUUUUUCCAGUUUAUUAUUUGUCUUUUGAGUGUUUUUUUGGUGGUGGGGGAAUGGUUUUUGCCAUGCAGAUUUUUAAAUAAAUGUCAUUGGGUUUAUCAGUCUCUUAUGACUUGGUUAGGUUUGGUAUCAUACUUAAUAAGAUCUCUAUACCAAUAUUAUUUUAAAAGCUUUUUCUUUUUCUUUUUUUUUGUCUGGUACUAUUAAGAGUGUUUUACAUGUAGAUAUUUGAUCCAUUUAAAUUUACCAUGGAGUGAGGUAUGAGGUAUGGCUCUAACUUUUUCCCCCAGUUAUAAUUUGCUGACCCUUUACAGUUUAUUGUAAGACUAGUCCAUCUUUUCCCCACUGAUUUUGAAAGUCAAAAUCUACCUUUAAAAUCUACUAAAUUUUGUUGUAUACUUGAGUUUAUAGUGCUUCUUGGUAUAGUGAGUAGUUAAAGGCACAAAUUCUAUGACCUCAUUGCCCUAAUUAGGUACAUAACCGGUCUCUUCUAUAAGACAGACGGUUGGAGCGAUGUCAGUUAACUAAUCCAGUGCAUGCUUGGAAUAACGUCUAUAGGUAGCCAACACUCGAGACUAAGCUCUUUUUAAAAACUUGUGUAAAAUGCACAUGGCAUAAAAUUUGUUAUCUUAGUCAUUUUAAAGUGUACAGUUCGAUGGUGCAGACUAAGCUAUUUUUGGUUACUACUAUUUCUGAACUUUUCAGUCUUUUCCAUUGUUUUGUUUAUUUAUGCCAGUACCAUACUAUUUUAACGACUGUAGCUUUGUAAUAUGCUUUAAAGUUUGGACUAAUCCCCCUCUCAUUUUGCUUUUUCAGUAUUGUCCUGGCUGUCCUUGCUUGUUUACUUUAGCAUUUGAACUUUAGAAUCGGCUUGCCUAGUUAAAAAAAACAAAAAAGUCCUGUUGGUAUUUUUAUUAGGAUCAAGUAAAAUUUGGAGAUUAGCCUAGGAGCACUGACAUUUGUAAUGCCAGGCCUUCCUAUCAUAGAACACAGUGGACCUAAUGUGGCUUAUUUCUGAGGAGUCUGGGCUGGGGCAGGAAAGCCGGAAUCCUGGAUUUCCAGUUUCCUUGAGGGUUGAUGUGUCUGCUCCUCCAUUCUGAGCUGCUUCCUUCUGGGAGACGUGGGAUGAGCUGCCGCUGUGUUGGCCUGAAUUGUCCUUAAGGGACUUUGGAGCCCUAGAAGAGCGACCCUUAACUCAGCUCCUGCUCUGUGACUAUGACCCCACCACAGCCUCUUCCUGCACCCAAGCCAGACCUUCUGGGCCCGGGGCCAGCUGUCUGAUGCUGCCAGGGGAGGAUGAAAUGUUUUUCUCUUGAGGAGUUGGUCACACGCGCGGGUCUCUGAGUCAGCAUUCAACGCUACCUUUUUAUGGGUCCAAAGGAGCCUCCCAGGCCAUCUCUCCAACCAGAGUUUAGUCCAUGGUGCGGACAGAGCGGCAGGCGGCGCCAAGAGUUGGCGAGCGACGUGCUGAGCAGCCUGUUGGAGUCCACCGUUACCCUGACCUGCCCAGGUGGGGAUCAGGAAGACAAUGCCACCAUUCACUGGGUGUACAGGAAUCAGGUCGCAAACUCACAUGGGGACAGACUGGUUGGCGAGGGAAGGGGGCUGCUUCUGAGGUCGGUGCAGCUCCAUGACUCUGGAAACUAUUCGUGCUACCAGGACGGCCGCCCGGCUGGGAGUGUGCAUCUGCUGGUGGAUGCCCCUCUUGAAGAGCCCCAGUUCUCCUGCUCCCGGAAGAGCCCCAUCGUCAAUGUUCUUUGUGAGUGGACCCCUCAGAGCCCCCCGUCGCCGAGCACCAGGGCUGUGCUACUGUUGAGGAAGUUUCCCUUGGAAGAAUUCCAGAGGCCAUGCAAGUAUUCUCCGGAGACCCAGAAGUUCUCUUGCCAGUUGGUGGUCCCAGAGGGAGACAACUCUUUCUACAUAGUGUCUCUGUGUGUCACCAACAGUAUUGGGAGCAAGCUCAGCAAAGCCCAAACAUUUGAGGGGUACACAGUCUUGCAGCCUGACCCACCUGUCAACAUCACAGUCACUGCUGUGGACCGGAAGCCCCGCUGGCUCAAUGUCACCUGGGAAUACCCCCCCUCCUGGAACUCAUAUUUCUACAGGCUGCGGUUUGAGCUCCGGUACCGGGCUGAACGAUCAAAGACAUUCACAGUGUGGAUGGCCAAGGACUUCCAGAAUUACGGAGUCAUCAACGAUGCCUGGAGGGGCAUGAGGCACGUGGUGCAGAUUCGGGCCCAGGAGGAGUUCGGGCAUGGCGACUGGAGCGAGUGGAGCCAGGAGGCCAUGGGCACCCCUUGGAUAGAAUCCAGAACUUCUCCAGCUGAGACCAUGGUGUCCCUCUCCACCCAGGCACCUACUACUACUGAAGAUGAUGAAAAUACUCUCCCUAAAGAUUCUGCAAAUGCAACAAGCUUCCCAGUGCAAGAUUCCUCUUCGGCUGCACUGCCCACUUACCUGGUGGUUGGCGGAAGCCUGGCCUUCGGCACGCUGCUCUGCAUUGGCAUCAUCCUGAGGUUCAAGAAGACGUGGAAGCUGCAGGCUCUGAGAGAAGGCAAGACGAACAUGCACCCGCCGUAUUCUCUGGGACAGCUGGUCUCUGAGAGGCCCAAGCCCACCCCAGUGCUGGUUCCCCUCAUCUCCCCGCCAGUGUCCCCCAGCAGCCUUGGGUCUGACAACAUCUCGAGGCACAGCCGGCCAGAUGCCAGGGGCCCUCAGAGCCCUUAUGAUAUCAGCAAUAGGGACUACUUCUUCCCCAGAUAGUUGGCUGGGUAUGCUUGGCAGGUUGGGGGGUCAGACCUGCUGAACUGUGUGGACAACGCAGCAUGAACUGGCUUAGCAAAAGACGCUUUCACUGCCGUUCCAGUUCGUCUCAGGUGUGUGGGGCCUCUGGUUUCACAUCCCAGAAGGGCCUCACAGAAGGUUCUAUGCUGGGUGAAAAUAGAUUUGCUGCCGCUGUUCAGAAGGAAGAGGUGGUUGAGUGUUUGAGCCGCCCUCACCUAAAUGCUCUGCUUAAGGGGAUCAGCGUGCACUCAGGCCUCCAUGGAAAGAGCAGUGCCAAGGCCCCACUGGACACCCAAGUGGGUAGAGUUGGGCAGUUGUGGAGGCCUGGGACCCACCAGGCUUGGUGUGGACAAACUGCUGGCUGCUUGCAUGCCCCUUCCCGCGAGCUGCACCCGCAAGCAGGAGGCCUGAUUUCCAGUCAAAGACUCCCCUGGUUGCCCAUCUCCUGGCCCACUGCACAGUUUCAUCUUCUAGCUCAAAUUCUUGAAACCCAAGUGCCUUUAUAAUUCAGUUUUUCUAGGCCUGAGGACAACCUUCCUUAAACCACUGAGGCUGGGGAAGGCUCUCACCUGUCUGCACCUGAAAAACUGCUGAGGAGGAUGGAUAGUAUCUCAGGGCCUGAUGGUUUGAUGUGGAAUUGUAAUUAGUUCCUCAUUAGCAUUUUGCUGAAUGCAAAUGAUAAUCCUAGGCACUUGCUGAAUUCAGAAGCAAAUUACUGCUCAGUUUCCCGCUUUGGAUACCAGGACUUCCGCAGGAGGGAAGAAGAGGCUCUUCAUAUUUCCUGUAGAAAAGCAAUGUUCUCUGUCCCCUGCCCCUGUCCCCCUCAAAAGAAGGGGGGCUUCUACCAUUGGUUUGAUCAAAACUGUUUCACUCCAGCUUUGUUUUGUUUCCAACUGAGCCUGAGUAACUAGGGACGAUGAGAUACUUAACAUGAAAACAUAAAAAGAACCAAGCAAGAGUGUCUUUUAAUUCACUCUUCAAAAAAUUGCUAUUUUCUCUUGAAAGGGUUGGAAGACCCAGUAUUAGCUGAGUGUCAGUAUAUAAAUAACUUGGGGCAAAGCACAGUCAUUUUGUUUAGCACAAAAUGGAGCCAUGUGAAAAAGGAGGAGGAGAAAAAAUAUUUCCCCCUAGUAGAGAAGAGACUGGAUUCAUUCUAAAUUUUGUUUUUGUCUUAAAAAGUGAAAAAACAGACUGCCUCAUCUCUAAAUUAGGGGAAAAGCAGCUGGUUAACUACUCCCCCAGGCGGCGGUGAAGGAAAUGGUAUCCAGCUCCCACCUGGCCGUAUUGCUGGGAAGCAAGCCGCCUACAGUUCCCAAGCAAGGUCUGUUGAAAAUCCCCACCUGAGGAAGCCAGGAGCCCACGGUUAACAGAGGGAAGUUUAUUGAAAAAAAGAAAAUCCCUUACCUUGGUUCUUUGGUCUUUUUAUUUAGUUCCUUGAAUUUGAUUCAGUUCCACUAGAAUCGAAGCACCCACUCGGUGUCUAACCAGGACAUGCCACUAAAUCACUUGAGCUCACUUUUCAGUCCAGGCUUUGAAUAUUCAGUGAUGUUAGUGGUUAUCCAAAUAAGCACGCUCAGGUAUCAUGGGGCAUCCUGGAAUGAAGUUAUGAUUAGAAUCGGGCAUGUAACCACAACUACAAAUGUACCAGACCACCAAAUUUUUCUAGUAGCCUACCUACCCUUUUCAAAAAACAACCACCAUCAAGGGACAGGUGGCAGGAGGAUGAAAAUGACCUGUUUUAUUUACCAUUCGCCAGGUUCAAACAGUUACUAUCUUGGGCGCAGAGGGGUUUUCAUUGCUGGCUUUGUAAAUUUCAGCCCCUGUUCCUGCUUUAGGCAGCUAAUCAUAAAUUGACAUAAGUGAGGCAGGUGGGUUUUUUCCUUUAUAAAGUUUCUCUGAGGACAGCAAAAAUGCUGUUAAAGGGAAAUAGCAAAAAUGAGACUCUGCAGAUGAGAAAGGGUGAUUCCGUGACCACAGUUCUUUGACUGUACAAGGGUCUACGCACAUGUGACAUCACCAAAGCCAGGCAGAGCCCUGCUAAUGGAAGAUGUGAAAUCCAGAUAGCUCAUUAUUGCUGAGAGCUAGGCAGCUUUGAUCUCCAAAUUGUUAUUGCUUUCAUUAUUAUUGUAACGGAACUGCUUUUUUUUUGGAUACCGAAGAGGGGUAUUUUUUUCCCCCUUUAUUUUAUUUUUUAUAAGCUAGUGGAAAUGAAGGAAAAAUAUUCGUCUUCUCUGGGUGAUAGGCCUAGCUCAGGAUACUGUAAGCUUUCUCUGUCCUUGAAUUGAUGAUGGUCAGUGAACAUGUGUUUCAACCCACAGGCCAUUCUUACCUGUGUUUCUGCAGCCAGCACACGCAUGCUUUUAUUCUCAACAAUGGUGGACUCUUGUAAUAAUCUGCUACACAGCCAGAUGUGAAAUGUAAAACAAACGACAAUAGCAAUUUUUUAAAUUGAAGUAUCGUUGAUAUACAAUCUUAUAUUGGUUUCAAAUAGGCAACACAGUGGUUCAACAGUUGUCCAUAUUAAAUCCUCACCCCCCUAGUGCGGUUACUGUCAGCAUAGGGAAAUGUUGCAGAAUCAUUGACUAUAUUCUCCACGCUGUACUACUGUCCCUGUGACCAACUUAUAUUAUGAUUGAGAAUUUUUGUGUCCCUUUAUCCUCCCUCCCCUCCCCCACCCAGCCCAACCCCUCCCCCAUGGCAACCAUCAGUCACUUUCAGCAUCUGUGAAUCUACCGCUGUUCAUUCUGUUUUGCUUUGUUAUAUCCCACGAAUAAGUGAAAUCAUUUGGUAUGUCUUUCUCUGCCUGGCUUAUUUCAGCUAGGAUAAUACCCUCUAGGUUCAUCCAUGUUGGGGGCAGCAGCAAUUUGUAUUAAAUAUGACAACUUAUCCUGCUGGGUGGGAAAAGUUGAAAAAUAUGCUGGUUCAAGGUCUAAAGUGGUCAUUAAUUCUUGUAGCCUUAAUGAAAAAAUUUUUUUUUGUUAAUGUCAAGGAGGUAUCCUGGAAUGUGCCUACAAAGCCUUUGGUAACUGAGAGCUCUUUACGCUGAUGGAGCUUUGCCCUUGCGGUUGUUUGCCAGGCUCUGGGCUCCACGGAGUCCCCUCUGCCACUUCCCUCCUGUCCCAAGGGAAGGAAACACCUUUACGAGGUGCGGCAUCUUCUGCGGGAGCAAGGUUGGGGGCGCACCUGGGGUGAACAGAGCCCAGUGGGGCAGGCUGGGAGGGGGCGUGGUUUGUGGGGUUCCUGCAGAGCGUUCAGGAACGCCUCACCUGGGCGCCUUGGUGCUGAGCUAUAUCGCCAGCAAAUACAUUUGCCAUCAUCAGAGCUUGAGGUUGACCCAUCCGGGGAGGAGUCUGACAGCCAGCUCCAGGUGGAGUUGGUGAGAGAUUUAUCCCAACUUGGAGAAGCAGGAACAACUGGUGGUCCUUCAGAGCGUGGGAACGAACGCCGGCUUUCCUCUGCGGCAGUUGGAGGCAGGGUGGAUACUGGAAGGAACGGCCGCUGGCUCAGGUUCCGUGCUGGCGUUCCCCAAAGGUCCUUCCAGCAUCAUGUCCUCCAUGUGGGCCAGCGCCAGCAAGUUUCUAUGACAACCUUAAUGAUUAUUAAGGACCAGUGUCGGUUUUAUGAACAUACGCUCAAAAGAUCUGCUGUAGAAGGAAAGGAUUGGAACAGCAAGUAGGAAGGCUGUUAAUAAAACCGUGUUUGGAAGGAGCUCGCACAUCUAUUAAAUAGAAUACCUCAACUUCAUGUUGUUUUUUUUCCGGAGAGAAAUAAUAGUUUCUAAGUUUAGUUUUUAUUUUUUUACCUAAUUACCUGAAAGUAAAUACCAAAGGCUGAUGUCGUUUGUAUAUGAGGCAAAGAGUCAGUAUGUUUUUCAAUGUCUUUUCUUUUCAUCAGCUAUUUUGCAUUUAAAGUGAAAAUUGUAAAUGUGUGAAAUAAAUAAUUUCUGAAAAUAUG